AUGGCGGACCUAGGCCGCGGUGAGGGGCAGAAAUCUAGGAGUAAGAAGUCUGUUAGCCGCCAGUCACGAUCUUGUCGUAUAUGUCGUCUGCGAAAAGUCAGGUGUGAUCGGGUGAGACCAUGUCAUGCUUGCUGUGCCUAUGGACACCCAUCGAAAUGCGUGUACGAUAUUGGGUCUGAUGAUGAAGAGGCGCAGCCAAUUACCCAAGCAGAAGAAAUCCGCAAUUUACGGAACGAAAUCAAAGAAUUGCGAAACAAAAUUAAUCAACAUGGCGGACAAGAAGCGCGUACUCGCAAAUUAGCUGAAUUAGAGAGGCUUUUUCAAGCAAUUCGAUCAGCACCAAUAGACGUGGUUGAUGAUCUUGUUGGUGGUAUUCGGGCUGAUCACCACCAUGUUCGUUCGAGAGCAAUUGAAGAUGAGUUGCCUUUACGCAUGCUCACCCCUUCAAGCCUUGAUGGGAUUGAAGAUAAAACGGGCUACUCGUGGAACCUUGUCCGGUCAAGGCAGUCAAACGCAGGAUUGAGUGACUCUCACAGUAGCAGUGGUAGCAGCAGCACUGAGAGUAUAAGCGUCGAAGAAGAUUGGUGUGGUCCACUGUCUCGAUUUACGCCCCAGAAACCAAUGUUGGACUUGUUUAUUCAACGAUUUGUUGAUGCUUUCAGCCCUGAGGUGGAUGCGAGCUCCGGUCAUGCAGGAGCCCUGAGAGCCGGUGCUGAGAUUCGAAUAUUUUCACCAUUGAUCUCGAGUGCUUAUGACGCUGUAUCAUUGACUUAUUUUGGUCGAAGCGUGAAAGAUCCUCGCAUUGAAGCUGCUGGCAUGCAAAUCUACCCAAAAGUUUUGCGGUCCUUACAAGAGGCAUUAUUAGACCCAGAGAGGAGCCGCUCUGAAUCAACCUUGGUCACCGUGACGCUACUCCUGGCCUUUGAGAGUAUCGAACGAACAUCGGAUGCGGGAGUUAUUGCACACGUCCGAGGAGCAGCACAAUUAAUCAAGCAUCGUGGGCCUGAAAAUCAUGUUCAUGGAGUCGAACAUUUGUUGUUUACAGAGUUACGACCAUAUUGGGCUGGCGUGGCCCUCGCCGACCGAAAACCAAGUUUCAUGGCCGAUAAUGUUUGGAAAACUGUCCCAUGGUCGGCCGGAACUACGAAGAAAGAUCUGCUGGAUUACCUUGUUGAUCUUGUUGUCGAGGUACCAGCUUUACUGGGUGAACACGAUGAUCUUAUAACUGCUCAGGAGUCUCAGAUUCUCGGAAGGGGUGAGCUUCGUGCGAAACAAGCACGGCUUUGGAAUCGAAUAAGUGACUUGACGUCGCGGUUUUUCCAAUGGAAGAAAGAACAUGUCGAUUGUUACCCUGGUGGACCCGUGAAGGAAGCUAGGAUACCGCAAGGACCCGAUCCGUUUCCAGUAUUUCGGUGCCGUGACCUACGCUCGAUGAAAAUCAUAGAACCGCCGCCGCUUGUGUAUCCGGACCUGAGAUUGAUCCAGACAAUGAGUUUCUAUUAUGCCUCAAGAUUGAUUUUAUCAUCAAUUGAUGACCGGCCAGAGGGCGCGAUCAGUAUGGCAGAGAAAUAUCAGCUGGCGUGUGGGAUUGCGCGCAGUCUUGAAGACUACCUCCGUCGCGCGCCAGGAAAUAUGAUCAACCGGCUGGCUUUCUCAACACGAGUUGCAUGGGAGGCGUUUCCCUCGGGCGGAGUGGAGCGUGGAUUCAUGGCUCAAGUGUUCAAUCUAGUGGAGAAACGUCAUUCAUUGCGCCUCUGGGGAAGCUUCAUGCCUGAAUUGAGCGCCUAUGCUGGCUCUAACACUUGA